AUGCAUUCCACACUCUCAACUCUCAUCCUCCUCUCCACACCCAUCCAUGCCGCUACCACAGCGCGCAUCUGGACACACUUCUACCCAAGCUGUCCAGGCGAACCCUUCGUCGACCUAAGCACCUACGAGAACUACGAAGAGACCGUUCCAACAUCAAAGAUCUCAGCCGGAAUCUGCACUCAAGUCGGCGUGCCAUCCUACGAACACAACCUCGUCAGCGCACUCUCCAUAGACGCCGAGCUCCUCUCCAAUGAAAAGGGCCACCCCUUCCCACCAGAGAAUGGUCCAAUCUGCAACAUCACCAUCCACGAGGUCCCAGAAUGCAUCGACGAGCCUCUUCUCACAAAAGAACUACACAACGGCGUCGCAGUGAGCGAAUGCCAUGAGCGAAAUUUCGCUGCUUACAGCGACGUCUGGGUCCAGCUUGUUUGCGAGGGCGAACAAGACAAUAAGAAAGAAACUCAACAAGCCGAGUCUCCGGAGGAUCAAGAGGAUUUCACUCGCAUCGACUCGACAACUACUAUCCAAACUACCGACGAUAUCCAGACUCCAGGUUCAAAUACCAAUUCUUGGCACCUUGCGCAGACGGAGCAGUCUGAGCGUGAGCCUGAGCAGGAGAGCCGUGUUAAUAACGUUGGCCAUUCUGAGAGCGAUGCGAUCGUGCAUCGGAUUAUGGAGGAGUUGAGGACUAAGGCGCACGGAUUGAAUCUGGUUUCUGGAAAACCGAACUCUACUCGUCAAUUGAAUGGCACGGUGCAUUUGAAUGGUACCGCGCCUGCGAAUGGUACCGCGCCUGCGAAUGGUACCGCGCCUGCGAAUGGUACUGUUCUUUCGAGGCGGAAGUUGUCUGUUUUGCGCAACCGGAUACGUUUGUAUUAG